CCAAAAUUAUACUAUUCAGAUUACUCUUUGAUUGAUAUAUUAUUUGCCUUUUAGUGGCUAUGUUUUGUCCUUCUCACCUUGUCCCUUUAGGCUUUAUAUUAUAAUAUUUAUACAGAAGUUCAUAAACUUCAUCUUCAUCCUCCAAUCUAAUUAUUUCAUUUCUCCUCUAAUUAAUUAAAAUAGCAUAUAUCAUAAUUGUUUUUCCUCAGGUUCAUGGAGGAUCACUCUACUGCUUCAUACAUACACUUGGUUCACCACCUUAUUGAGAAAUGCUUGAUAUAUCAUAUGAGUAAAGAGGAGUGCAUGGAAGCCAUCUCCAAACAUGCAAACAUCAAACCUGUCAUCACCUCCACAGUAUGGGAUGAACUAGAGAAGGAGAACAAGAAAUUCUUUGAGGUGUAUGCUGAAUCCAAAGGCAAAGAUCACAUAAUGUCACGGGAAGAAACAACUCAAAUGAUCUAUAAAAUCUCUGAAUCCUCAAAAAAAUUCGAUGAUCAAACAUCGAAAUGAACGAUCUACGAAAACGCUCGAUCCAAUCUCUCUUUUGCUUCCUAGAGAUUGUUAGUCUUGCCUUUCUCUUUUCUAAGUUCAUAAAUUAAAUCCUGUGAGAAGCACACAUGUGGUCCCUUUAAAUGUAAAUGUGCAUCAUGAAAAUGUAAGACAAAUAAAAAAAAAGCAAGAAAAUGAUAUUGCUUGUAAGUAUUAAUGUAAUGAACUCAUUGUUUCAUUA